CCUGGCAUACAAUAGGCUACUCCUUCCUUUCCCGUAGGUGUCGUAAGAGGCAGCUAAGAAAGCUUAUCACCAUAAGGGGUAGUAUCGUCCCUCUUAAAACAUCACCAAAAGCCAUACUGCGGUUGCCAACCUGGCUACUAAGCGUGACAACUACAUACAAAACUCUCUUGUGGGAGAGACUAUAUUCAGCAGUAGACAGUUAACGGCUGGCACAACAUAUUACGAUCAGGUAGUUUUCUGUUAGCGAUACAUAUUUGCAAACAAUAGAUGUGUUACUAUAGUGAUAUCGAUUUAUCCUGCUGUGAUAACUUUAAUCGCCUAAUUCAAUUUGCUAUUAGUAUUGUCAGUCAGUCAUGGAUAGUAAAAAUAAAAAGAAUAUAAGAAGACAAACGAGAAAAACAAUUGCUGGAAUAAAACUACCUCCAAUAGGACCGGCUGCUGAUAUUCAAAUUAAAACAAUUUUGGAUAUUGAUCCAGAUUAUUAUUCUCUAGUGGAAGGACGGCCAAUUAAACCUAACACUUCUAUUCAUAAAUAUAAGCAAAAUAUAAAAGAAGUAGCACUGAAGCGGACUCUGCAUGGAUUUUUAGUAGAUGAAAUACUUAGAAUAGAUAAAGAAAUUGAAACAGAAAAGAAUAUUUAUGAAACCGCAUCGAAGCAUUUUGAGGAAUAUCAAAACAGUUUUGAUAAAUUUUUGGCAGAUGAUAAUAAUAAAACGAUUUCCGUAAUGAAAAAAUCAGAUGGAUUAGCCAAAGAUUUAGUUAAUCGGUCUGAUGAGUGUAAAAAAGCUAAUUAUGAAAUGGCCUCCCUCAAGUCCAAGUUGCAAUACAUUGAUGAAACUUUGGUGAUUUUAUUAUCAUUCCAAAAUUUUCUGUAUAAAGCUGCUCCAAUUUUAUGGCGAGAAGAACAUAAAAUAAGAUUAGAUAUUAAACAUAACGAGAUAUUUUCUAUGGAUUCUGAUAUCUUCAGUAAAAUCGAUAUUAAUGCCAUUAAAGAACGAUUAAGUCAGCUGCCUGAACCACGAUUGUAUUUUGAGACACCCGAGCAGAUACUCAUAGUUUUUGAUUCGUUGGAGAAACAAAAUUUAAAUUAUUUAUUAGUUACAGAAGAGUUAAACUCUGAGAAAAAUAGGUUUAUGAAAACUUUAGAUAUUUUAAAAAUAAAAUUGAGACAAGAAUUGGAUUUUAUUCAGCAAAAGAUAAAGGAAAUCGAGGAUAUAAUAAUAUUAAAUGAUAUUCGUGCAAGUGAAGUAAAACAAAUAUUUUUUAGGAUAUUAGAGGAAAAAAUUAGGUAUUUAGUAUCAUCAGAGAUGGCUCUGCAGAUUUUUAAUUACGUAGAAUUUACCUAUGAACAAGUUAUUACUUCAAAUGAAACUGAACUAAGUUCUUUAGAAAUGGCUAUGGCGUUAGAGAGUGAAUAUGAUAAUUUAAUGAUGGAUAUAUCUGCCUUUGAUUUGGAAUACGUAAAAACUAUCGAGAAAGAAAUAUAUGAGCAUGGAGAAAAAGAAAUAAAAGAUGCUACAGAAGCUACGAAAUUAUUGAAAGAGAUAGACAAGUUGAGCCGACGGUUAAAAUCUGCGUUUGAACCAACCAGAAGGAAAUAAUAUAAUUAUUAUACGAGAAAAAGAUGUUACAAUAAAUUAAU